CUAUCACCGUUUACUGUCAAAAUAGUGCCAGCUGUUUGUUUAUUUUGCUAGAAGCAGUACUUUUUACUUUCUUCAUUAUUUCGUUUGAUUCAUUCAAUUGCAUUUGAAACUGUAACUACCUAAUUCAUAUCGACACUGUAACCAUGGGGGACUACGACUGGGACUCGCACAAUCGUCGUCAGGUGCUGGAAGGUCGGCAAAUUCUAGAGCGCACGUCGGCCAGCUUAGCUCGCUCCAAUCAGAUUGCAAUCGAAACCGAAGAGACUGGGCAUGAAGUAAUCUCCGAGUUGGAAGUUCAGCGCGAAUCAUUGUUGCGUAGUCAACAGCGAUUGGAAAAUGCCAACGAUGGUUUGUCAAAAUCGAGAGUUAUACUUCGGUCCAUGCAGCGGAACGUACUGUACAACAAGCUGAUUCUGAUAAUGAUCAUCGUUAUGGAAGUCAUCAUACUAGGUGGAAUGUUGUUUCUCAAAUUUUUACACUAGAUCAAGCAUUAAGAUGCUUUGUGUUAUUCUUGUUAAAUGUAAAUUUGACUAUUUUAUAUUAGGUCUACUUUAUACGGAUUAUUAAUAAAAUUUAUGGUAUUUAUAGGUA